UGCAAUGUGGCUGACUUGAUCAGCUGUUUUCUCCCCAUCAUCAGCUCUGCAGGUUUGACUGCUGUGUGUCAGUGAGAGCAGCACACUGACCUCACACAGCCUCCACAUGUGUCUGAAGGAUUAACCUCAAGUUCCUCUUCAUACAUUAUCACACAGGAGAUCCUCUGUGCCGAGCCGACGAUGUGCUGCUUCACAACAGUUCUCAUCCUUGUUUUGAUGACAUCAAAUUCAUUCAGAUGCCAAAGCAGAAGAAACAAGGGAGAAAGAGAUGACAACCAGGUCGUCAAUAAUCAGGGCAAAAUUCUGAUGUGUCCAGUGGAGAUUUUGUUCAUCGUGGACAGUUCUGAAAAAGCCAAGUCAUCGCUGUUUGAACAGCAGAAGGAGUUCAUCCUGCACGUCAGCGCAAAGCUGCUGCUGCUUAACUCGGCUGGAUGGCGUGUGCGUGUGCGCCUGGCGGCACUGCAGUACAGCAGUACCGUGGUGCUGGAACAUAACUUCAGAGACUGGCAGGACCUGGACGUCUUCCAGAGUCAUGUGGCCUCCAUGACCUUCAUCGGCCACGGCACCUAUUUGGCCUACGCCAUCACCAACGCCACCAGGAUGUUCACCCGUGAGACCUCUUCCAGCAGCCUGCGGGUGGCGCUGUUGAUGACAGAUGGCACAGAUCACCCACGCAGCCCCAACGCCGUGGCGGCUGCCACUGAGGCCAAGCAGCACAACAUCAAAGUGUUCACUGUGAGGCUCCCGGGCUCACCCAGAGAUGGCCCCCUUCUGGUGAAGCUGCGCUCCAUUGCCAGCACCCCCCCACAGAAGCACGUGCUGAGUCUCAGUGACAGACGGCUGGACAAGCGACUCAUCAAUGAACUGUGUCCACAGCCAAAGAGCUGCCUGUGUGAGAAGGGACAGAGGGGUCACCCGGGUAAACCGGGGAAACCAGGCGAGCAGGGGUCUCAUGGUGCUCCAGGUCCAAAGGGAUCCCAUGGAGAACCUGGCAUUAAUGGACGACCUGGAAUAAGGGGCUUUGAGGGGAAGCCUGGUGCCAGAGGAGAAAAGGGGGAAAAUGGUGAAGUUGGGGCUCCUGGUACAAAGGGAGAACAAGGUGUGGCUGGACCUUCAGGUACCAGAGGUCCCAAAGGAGACAAGGGAGUGAAGGGAGGACCUGGUGACCUCGGUCCAGAAGGACCACCUGGAUCUACAGGUGAGCGUGGGCCAAGGGGUGCAUCUGGACCUCCUGGAGAUAAUGGCAUUGGGUUCCCUGGUCCAAAGGGUGAAAGAGGUAACCAUGGAAGACCAGGACUGCAGGGACCAGUCAGUGUGGGUGAACCAGGGAUGACGGGGCCAGCAGGCCCACCUGGAAUGCAGGGGUUACCGGGUCUUCCAGGUGACGGACUUCUAGGACCCAAGCCAUUCCUGUCUGACUCUCCUGAUAGAACGAUCGAGCCAACAAUGGACACAUCGGACACAAGCAGCUUCCAGUCGGCAGUCCGUUACCACAGCCGCCAGCUAGCGGAACAGGAGGACCGUCUCACUGCAAUGUCCUCCAGUAUCAGUGACCUUGCCAAGCGACAGGACGCUUUUAUGACCUCGGUGUUUCAGCACACGUCACCGGAGCGAGAGGCAGCCCGUUCCUUGAUGCGGCUUCGGCAGGGAAAUCGACGUGUCGCCGACAUCGACUUCCAUAUCCUAGCAGCUAAGAGUGAGUGGAACCCGGUGGCCCUCCAAGACGUGUUUUUCCAGGGUCUCUCCGCUCACAUCCAGGAGCAAUUGAUUGCCGUCGACAUUCCUGAGGACCUGGAUGAGCUCAUUGCGCUCGCUAUCCGCACCGACCGUCGGCUGGUGGAUCGACCUUGA